CCGUCCUUUCCUUUCUUUACAUUUUCAUUCCUUUUUCUUUUUUAAUUAUUUAAUUUAGUUUUUGGUCUUUCGUUUGAAAAGAGGGUAAAAAGACUUGAGACUUUGAGAGUGUCCAGUAAUCAGACGUCUCGUAUUGGUCCGAUCAAAUAAAAUUUGGGGGCCGACCAUCUUCCCAAGUUCGCCAUUGUCAUCGUUUUCAUUUCAUUUCAUUUCGACCCAAAAACACACCAAACUCAAACUUUCUAUCUCUCUCUCUGUAACCCUAAUUGCUCGCCAUAAGUUGCAGACAAACAGACGAUUAUCAAUCUUCUUGAGUUUCGCUUUGGCUGGCAUCGGCAAUGAGAUUAGGGUUUCUGCAGCGGUGAUGCCUCGUUUACCAGCCGUCACAGUCGUGGUACAAGCCUGAUUAGCUGAUUGAUAACUUAGGGUUUCAGAUUCGAAAAUAUGUCAGGGACUUCGAGGGGCCAAGUUACCAUUACGCUUGGGCGUGGUGGCCAGGUAGUGAAGAGGGCAGUUUCCGGGUCUGAUGGUUCUUUAUCUGAUUCUCUGCCUGCAGCUGGGACCAAGCGGUCUGUUAGAGAUAGGUUAGGAGGUAAUGUAGAUGGUGCCUUCUCGCAUGGAAGCCUACACAACAGCAACAAACGCCAGCGAGGAGAUUAUGGUGUGUCAAGUUUGAACUCCAAUGGUUUUGAUGAUGCGCGCAUUGGUAAAGGUGACCUCCGAUUUAAACUCAUGCAAAAGAAUGCGUUUAGACGAGCUCAGAGUGAUGAUGAUCAGAGGCAUGGGGACCUUCGUGAGAAGCUUUCAAAGGCAGUUCAGCGACCUUCCACUGGCCUUGACCCACGGCAGCGCUUGCCCGAACUAAAGGAGACUGGUGCCAUGGCUCGAAUCCCUUCUACGAGAAGUGCAGAUGAUUUGCCGCAUGUGGACUCGUUGAGAAAUUCUUAUUCCCCUUGGACACUGGACCAUUUAAGACGAAGAUCCCCAGAUAGAGUUAUAGUCACUUCUAGGGGCCGCUCCCCCCAGAGGACUGAAGAAUUGCAGAGAAGGCCAUUAAACAGGGCAUUUGAUGAUGUCAGAUCGGUUCCAUAUAUGAGCAAAGAUGUUCUAGAUGCUACAAGGCCCGCAAAUGCUGCUCCUUUCAUGUCUAAUCCUCCAUUGCCUCCUGGAUCUGUGAAGCCUGUGGCCCCACCUCCACCCCAUUUGAGCCAACUUCCUCCACUGAGCAGCAUUGUACAGAAAAGUUCAUACGUGGGUGAUGAACAACAGACUGUAGAUGGCUUGCUACAGACGCUGGGGUUGGGAAAAUAUGCCAUCAUUUUUAAGGCAGAGGAAAUUGAUAUGACUGCAUUGAAGCAGAUGGGAGAAAAUGAUCUCAAAGAGCUGGGAAUACCUAUGGGACCAAGGAAGAAGAUUCUUCUUGCUUUCUUGCCCCGUUCCAAGCGGCCACCGGCAAUACGUUGAAAGUCAAGAUAUCUUAGGGACCAUCAGUUACUUUUCUAUGAUUGAAAGCUCAUAUUAGAAAGCGUUUUUUUUUUUUUUUUUUACAUGAAAUGAUUCCGAUGUACUUGCUCUCAAUUAGGGUUAUAAAGCGGCCCUUCAACCAGUUGUCACAUUUUAAAUCUAAGAUGUAAACGUUGUUGGUUUUACGGUAAUUGAUGGCACCAGAAAAUUUUGGGAUGUAGAAUACCCUGUUCUUUUCUUUUUAUUUUCCCCCUUUUGAACUGGAAAAUGUUAAUUGCCUUUCA